CUGAAAUUGUGAGGUUAAACAUGUGAAUUGUAAAACGAAAGCAGAGAUUAUGAGCUUAAAAAAAUCCCAACAAGAUUCAAGAUUCAUGAUUCAAGAUUCUUUAUUGUUAUUAUGCAAGCAUAACAAAAUUUCCUCCCGAGACACUCAGCACACAUUGAAAUAGAAAUGAACAAAGGGAAGUGAACAGUGCAGGGAAAUGUAUGUACAGGGGGAAAAAGAGAGAACAUUUCAUCACAAUAACGUUUUUUUGUCAAAGCUUAUAAAAAAAAGAAGACUUUUAUUAUUGUUAUUAAUAUAUGUUUUGAUAAUAAAUACCGUAUAAUGAUAAUAAACGUGUAAACACAUAGCUGGGCUGUGAUUGGUCCGUUCAGCUGCAGCUCAUUUCCUUGUCACAGUAUCCGGAUGAAAUGAUUUUAGCUUCAAAAUAAAAGGGGGUGUAGAACUCGUCGAUUUAAAUUUAAAACGACGCAAAGAGAUCAUUUUAGUAACAUUCGUAGGAUGUCAGUGCUGUCCACACACACUGCCGACUGUGUUCAUUUUAAUGUACUGACAAUUACUUGUUUUAUUUAAUUAUUUUAAUCGCUUGACUAAGGGACUUAUUCUGAAAAUCCGAACCGGAAGUGCGUCUGUUUACCCGGAUGAUAGGAAGCGGUGCAUCUUUUUUUGUGUCCGAUCAACUGUCCUAACAUUAACGUGUUUUUAACGUGUCUUUGUUGACAUUAACGUGUCUUUAACGUGUCUUUGUUGACAUUAACGUGUCUUUAACGUGUCUUUGUUGACAUUAACGUGUCUUUAACUUGUCUUUACUGACAUUAACGUGUCUUUGUUGACAUUAGCAUGUCUUUACCUUGUCUUUACUGACAUUAACGUGUCUUUAACGUGUCUUUACUGACAUUAACGUGUCUUUAUUGACAUUAACGUGUCUUUGUUGACAUUAGCGUGUCUUUACCUUGUCUUUACUGACAUUAACGUGUCUUUAACGUGUCUUUACUGACAUUAACGUGUCUUUAUUGACAUUAACGUGUCUUUGUUGACAUUAACGUGUCUUUAUUGACAUUAACGUGUCUUUGUUGACAUUAACGUGUCUUUAUUCGUUGCUAAAAACUGCGACAGAAGCUGAAGAUGGUGACGAUGUGACCGUGGAAAAAAGACGACUGUUCAGACAUUAACGUGAUGGACGACGUCAAACCAAGCCGCGCGUGUCGUCCUCUGUGCAUCAGUCAAUCAUCAAAGGUGUUCCGUUGGAGGGACGGAGCUGUGGAGGUGUUGCGGGGCCUCGAUGAGCAGCGGCAGCAGCAGCACAGUCACUUCUGUGACGUGGUGCUCGUGGCCGAUGACCAGAGGGUUCCCGGUCACCGCGCCCUGCUCGCCGUCUCCAGCCCGUACUUCCACGCCAUGUUCACCCUGGGCAUGAGGGAGGAGCAUCAGGAGGAGGUGGAGCUGGUUGGAAUGUCCUACGUGGGUCUGAAGGCAGUCGUGGACUUCCUGUACAGCGGCGAGCUGCCACUCGAUGGAGGAAACAUCGACUCUGUUCUGGAAGCUGCUCACCUUCUUCAGGCAUGGCGUGUGGUGGACUUGUGCUGCCAGUACCUGGAGCAGGAGGUGAGCGAGGAGAACUACCUGUACCUGCAGGAGCUGGCUCUGUUCUACAGUCUGGAGCGCCUGGACGCCUUCAUCGACCGCUUCAUUCUGGCCCGCUUCGCCGCGCUCUCGUUCACCGCUGACUUUCUACACAACGUUCCUGUACGCAAGCUCACGUCCUACCUCGCCAGUGAGCAGGUGCAGCACGACAGUGAGCAGUGUCUCCUGCGGGCGGCGCUGCAGUGGCUCGCUCAGUCUCCUGAGAGGCGGGCCCACGCCGCACAGCUCCUCUCCCACAUCCACUUCCCGCUGAUGCCGGUGGACGAGCUGCUGAGCCGCGUGCUGCCGGCCGCGCGGGAGGCCGACUGCGCGGCGCUGGUGGAGGAGGCGCUGGAGUACCACGCCAGCCCCAGCGCACAGCCGCUCCUGCAGACGGGACGCACGGCGCUGAGGGGCGGGGCCGAGCAGCUGCUGCUGAUGGGAGGAGAGGUGUCUGAAGUCGGCGAGGAGCUGAGCGCCAACGUUUGCCGCCUGGACGGCGAAACAGGAAGCUGGGCGGUGGAAACACAGCUGCCGUCCCAGCGGAGCCACCACUGCCUCGCCGUGCUGGGAGGCUUCGUCUUUGUCGCGGGCGGCAGCUCGUCCAGAGACGACGGCGGAGACGCCGCCUCCGACCUGCUGUACAGAUAUGACCCCCGACACAACCAGUGGACCAGGGGGGCUUCCAUGAACCAGAGGAGAGUGGAUUUUUACCUGGGGGCAGUGGGUCAGCGUCUGAUCGCCGUCGGCGGGAGGAACGACGGCGGAGCUCUGUCCUCUGUGGAGGUCUACUGUCCCUCUGAGGACUGCUGGUCCUACACAGCAGGACUGCCCAGGUUCACGUACGGUCACGCCGGGACGGUCCACCGCGGCGAGGUCUACAUCUCAGGCGGCCACGACUAUCAGAUCGGACCGUACCGCAGAGACGUCCUGAGCUAUGACGCGUCACGUGACGGGGACGCGUGGGCGGAGCGACGGCCCAUGUCUGUGGCUCGAGGACGCCACUGCAUGGCCUCGCUCCACCACCUCAUCUACGCCAUCGGGGGCAGCGACGACCACGAGGACACCGCCGAGCGCUUCGACGUCCUGCAGGUGGAGUCCUACGACCCGCGCGGCGGACAGUGGACGCGAGUGGCGCCGCUGCUGCUGCCUAACAGUGAGGCGGGGCUUGCGGUGUGGGCGGGGCGGAUCUACGUGCUGGGGGGCUACGGCUGGGAGAACAUGGUCUUCUCCAGAGCCACCCAGGUGUUUGACCCCGACACAGGUUCCUGGUCCAGAGGACCCGACUUACCGAAGCGCAUCGCAGGAGCGUCUGCGUGCGUCUUAACUGUAAAGUCAUCGCCGUCCUCGUCUUCACCGGAGGACAAGACGACGGGACAAAGUGUGAGAGGACAGACCAAGGACUUCAGAGGCUUCUAAUGAGAGGAGAAGUCUUUAUUUAUAAGAAGCAUCACAAUAAAAUCACUCUUAUUUAUUUAUUUUGAAAGGGAAAGUUUAUUUGUUUUAAAGUGGUGUGUAACGCGCUCACUCUCCCACACCAAAGUCCAUCACACACACAGGAGUUGUUGAUCCACUGCUGCCUCCAUCACUGAGUCUCAACGUCUGAUUUUGUCACUUUGGUUUUAAAAUCCUUUGUUGACACAAAGUGACCACACGAGGCAGCAGAGGACCAGCAGCUAAAAUCACUGGUUUUCUCUUUGGGCUUUGCUGUGGGAGCCUUUAAAAUAAAACCAUCAUUCAUUCAUGUUUUCACCUGCCUGAGAAGAACCACUGAAACUAAACGAGUUAGAGUUGUGUUGAAUUUCUCAGCAUCGUAUUUGCACCUCCCUGUGAUGGAGGAGGAGGAGGAGGAGCAGCAGCACCUCCCUGUGAUGGAGGAGGAGGAGGAGCACCUCCCUGUGAAGGUUGAUUCCACAGUUUCCGGCAGCUUCAUUCAAAAGGAUAGUACGGGUGAGAUUUGACUCUGAAACAAACAGGACACAGUUGUUGAACGAGUGAGACGACGCUGCAGCACGGCUGUGUUCACUCAUUCACUGAGCAGCACAGCUGUGUUCACUCAUUCACUGAGCAGCACAGCUGUGUUCACUCAUUCACUGAGCAGCGCGGCUGUGUUCACUCACUCACUGAUCGCGCAGGCCCUCCAGCCUCGGUCCAGUCCUCUCAGUGCCUUCAUGUCGUCGUCACAGAGUUUGAAGUCAAAUAUCUGCACAGUGCACAACUCAGUGGGUUAUUUCUCAUAAUAAAAGAAUAAUGAACUGA